AUGUGCGAACAGCUUCGUGUUCGUGCUGCAAUAUUCACAGCUAAUAAGCUGCACUUCACUCGGCUGUCGCGGCUACACCUCGUUCUGCCCUCUCGCCCGCUCUCUGUCUGCGGUGGACCAUCUCGUCGAAGCGCUCGCCUCGCGGUUUCGGCCGAGCAGCGGCAAGGAGAGGGCGACGACGGCGGCGGCAGGGGGCAACGCGGGGCUGGCUCGAGGGACGACGACACGAGAGAUGGUGGAGCGGGGGACAAGAGGCCGACUGGGGCCGACGAUAGCAACAGGCGGCGGAAAGCGGAGGACGCGGAAGGGGUGAAGGGCGGAGUGGCGGGCGCAGUGGAGUCGCUGCUGAGAUUCAUCACGCCGCGGCAGAAAGGCGACAUUCGCGACAUCACCCUCGUCUCGCUCUCCUUCGCCGUCCUCGUCUACAUAUCGCAGCGCCUCGUCUGCGCAUACUUCGCGCUUCUCGCAGCCACGCAGUACUGGUAG